AAAACUUGGUGUGUGGUUGAUGGGAAGCGCUGUCCGUAGUCUCGGAAGACCAGUCCAUGUUCGAGAGCACCUACCAACACCACCACCAGGAGGUUCCCAAGACGUCUUCCGUCUCCUCCGCCGUCAGCCCCCAUCACCACUCCUCGGCGCUCCAGAGCGCCGUCCAGAAGCCCAAGCUGUCCCCUCAGUCCUCACCGGUUGUCGACCACGGGAACACCCUCCCCAGCCCCCAACAGCAGCAGCAACAACAGCAGCAGCAGCAGCAGCAGUGGGCCCAGUGCCGACAGCAGGAGAUCAUCAGGAUGAAGCAGGAGCCGGACCACGGAAGUCACGGCCACGAGGCCGGUAGCCUCGGCGGACGGGUGGUGGAAGCCGAGUCCCCGUUGGACUGCAGCGUGACCAAGAGACAACCCCACGGGGCUAUGACGGAGGCCACCCAGGCGGCACCCCCUUACCCGUGCCCGCCUUACCCCGGAUCAGAAUCGGACCGUGCUCGCUCACCCCCGCCCAAUGUCACAACCAACGAGAAACGGGUCAUUGUGCCUGCUGACCCCAACAUGUGGACGAUUGACCACGUGCAGCAGUGGGUACAGUGGGCGGUCAGGGAGUACUCCCUGCAGGACGUGCUGGUCAGUCGGUUCGGCAUUGACGGCAAGCAACUCUGCAAGAUGACCCGCGAGGACUUCACGCGACUGACCAGCUCCUACAACGCCGACGUGCUCCUCUCCCAUCUCAACUUCCUCAAGCAAGCGCCACUGCCAAACCUGACAUCAGACGACGUAGACAAAGCUCUUCAGCCUUCCCCCAGGGCUCCGCCUAGCUCACAAGCAACGAACAUUGGAACGGCUCAGCCCAUCACCGAGAAGAAAUACACGUGCAAUGCUACAAAUUACUACCCGGAUCAGAUGCAAAAAGCAAGUGCCAGUGCGUUCCCGUACCCAGUCAGCUCUCACGUGGACACAAAUUCCCGGAUGCAACGAACAGCUUUUCUCUUCCAGGAUUUCAAUUCCAAUCCUAGCCUCCAACGAUUGGGCUAA